AUGAGAACGGGCGGAGAUACCAUGCUUAUCGUGAGAGACGGCGCGUACUACCAGCCCAACGACGAUCGCCAGGCGAAAGCCGGGAGCAUAGAGCAUCACGUGUGGCUCCUCACCCUCAACGACGCCCUCUUCCUCUCGCCUCUGCAGGAUCCGCAGAGGGUGCUGGACGUCGGCACCGGCACCGGCCUGUGGGCCGUCGACAUGGGAGACAGGUAUCCGUCGUGCGAGAUCAUAGGCACCGACUUAUCGCCGACCCAAGUCCCAUAUGCCCCGCCCAACGUCCGGUUCGAGAUUGAUGAUUGCUGCAGCGAAUGGACGUAUCCGGAAAACAGCUUCGACCUUAUCCAUGUCCGUGGAUUGACCGGCAGCGUAGGCAACUGGCCCAAGUUCUAUCAAGAAUGCAUGAAGCAUCUUCGACCGAAGGGGUACCUUGAACAGUUGGAGUUUGGCAUCGACAUCUACACGGAACCCAAAGAGACGCCUUAUAGUGAUAUCAUCCGAAGCUUCGGGCCGCUGCUCCUCGAAGCUGGCGACAGGAUGAACAAAACCUUUGAAGUCGCGACUCAUAUGAGCCGGAUGAUUGAGCAGGCGGGGUUUGUGGAUGUCGUUACUAAGCGCUUCCUCUGGCCUAUUGGCCCCUGGUCUGAUGACGAGCGUCUUAAAGAGCUCGGUCGCUGGAACCUCAAGAACUGGGAAGACGGGAUGGAAGGUUGGGUGAUGGCGCUGUUGACCAGAAUUCAUGGGUGGUCCUAUCAAGAGGUUCAGAAUUAUAGAGCACGGUUAUUGAAGGGCGUCAAGUCGGACGAGGUCAAAGCUUGGCACGAUGUGUUGGUUGUCCCAUUUGCUUCUCCAUACACGCCUUUUGCUGACUGA